AUGGGCGACGUGGACUUGGGCGCGCUGCAGCAGCAGCUGCAGCAGCAGCGCUCGACGCUGGCGGACGACAUUAUGGCGCGUCUGCCGCAACAAAAGAUGUCUACGAAUACCACGCGCGCCGAGCCCGCACGCCGCUCGGCGACGCUCGGCGUAGGUGCCAAGUCGGAGAAGACGUCGUACUCGGCUGCUGACCAGAAGCUGCGUGCGCAGCUCGGCGGCAAAGGCAAGAAGCGCGCGCACGAGGCGGUGCGCGAAGAGGCGGGUGACGAGGAGGACGAUGCCGGCAAGGCGGCGGCGGUGAGCAAGGCCGCGCCGCGCCGGCGUGCGGAUCCGUUUGCGGCUGCCGAGGCGAAGCACAAGGCGGCGAAGGCGACGCUACCUCCCGAAGUCGAGGGGAUGAGCAAGAACCAGCGGAAGAAGUGGAAUAAGAAACAGCGUCUCGAGGCGGAGAAGAGCGAAGGGGAUGAAGGGAGUAAUGGAAAGGCAGAAGCGAGCAAGGAAGUGAGCAAAGAGGUGACCAAGGAGGCGAGCAAAGGGGCGAGCAAAGAGACACCUGUGCCAGCCAAGGCUCCGACGCCGUCCAAGGUGUCUGCGACAUCUGCACCGGCUCCUGCUGCCCCUGCUGCCCCUUCUAUCCCUGCUGCCCCUUCUACCCCUUCUACUCCAUCCGACGCAUCCGCCCCCUUGACGGCCCUCCAAUCGUCGAUGCUCACGAGCCUCAAAGGCGCUCGCUUCCGCUCGAUCAACGAGCGCCUCUAUACCAAUGAAUCGCGCGAGGCUCGCUCCUUUAUGCUUGCCGAGCCGCACCUCUUUGACGAGUACCACGACGGAUUCCGGCAACAAGUACGCAAGUGGCCGACGAACCCCGUCGACCGCCUCGCCGACCUGCUCCUCGGCGAGAUGAAGAAAAAAGGGCCGGCGCACACGAUGCGUGCCGCGCAGCUGCCCGGCGCGCUGAUCGUCGACUGCGGUGCCGGCGAGGCGGGUCUUGCGCAGAAGCUUGCGCCAUCCGGCAAGCACAUUCUCUCGUACGACCUCCUGGAUACGCCGGACGGCUGGGUGCGCGGAGUGGACGCUGCGCAGAUCGGCGCGCUCCCCCUCCCCGGUGUCGCCGCGCCGCUUGGCCUGCUCUGGGCGCCGCCCCCCGCGGUGCAGCCUGCGAUGGCCGACGUGUGUGUCUUUUGCCUGAGUCUUAUGGGCACCAACUGGGUCGAGAUGAUCGCCGAGGCGUGGCGCAUCCUGCGUGUCGAUGGCGAGCUGCUUGUUGCCGAAGUCGCGAGCCGUCUUGGAUCUACCGGAUCUACCGAUGCGUUUGUCGCGCUGAUUAGUGCGCUCGGAUUCCGCCUGGACUGGGCCGACACGAGCAACACGCACUUUGUCCUGGUCAAGUUUACGAAAGAGGCGACGCAGCGCACGCCCGCCCCCCCCGGCGCGCUCGACGCGUCCGCAUCCCCCGCCGCCAUCCGGUCAGCGGUCGGAACUAGCGCGCAGGCCGCCGAGGCGCAGCAGAUGCUGAUUGCCCAAGGCGCGUCUGUGCUCAAGCCUUUCUACUCGCAGUUCUACGCGCUCCUCUUCCGAGUCGACCCGCAGCUCGUCGCAGACGCGCUCUUCUCCCAGUUCGGAGUCCCGCUCCGAACGCAGCACCACGUCCGACUCCGUUCGGCCCACCCGGUCGCCGGUAACGAACCGCACGCCCGUGUCCUCGUCGGAUCGUUCCAGCGAAUCGGAUUCUUCUUCCUCGACUCAGAGCUCGCGCUCCACUCGCAGCAGCCACUCUUCUUCGUCUACCAUGGACUCAUCCUCCUCGGACAGCUCUUCCAGCCGUACGCGGUCUAUCACAGCCCUUCUAGUUCACCCGAAUCGUCGUCCUCGUCGCGUACCCGCACGACCACGGGCGGCGGCGGAAACGGCGGCCAGUCGCCGACAAGCGACGACAACUCGCCCUCCAGCUCGCCGACUAGGGGCAACGGCGGUGGCGGUAGCACCUCGCCGAGCUCGAGCCCCACGGACUCGCCGACCUCGAACGGAAACGGCGGCGGCGAAAGCACCUCGCCGAGCUCAAGCCCUACGGACUCUCCGACCUCGAACGGAAACGGCGGCGGCGGAAGCACUUCGCCGAGCUCGAGCCCCACGGACUCUCCGACCUCGAACGGAAACGGCGGCGGUGGAAGCACCUCGCCGAGCUCGAGCCCGACCAGCAGCAGCGACACUAGCAGCAGCGACAAUAACAACAACAGCAGCAGCAGCGGCGGCGACAACAGCAGCAGCAGCAGCAGCAGCGGCGGCGCCGGUGCUGGCGGUGCGAGCAGCUCGUCGAACUCGGGCCCCACGAGCAGCGAAAACAGCAGCAGCAGCCGCAACAGCGACAGCAGCAGCAGUGGCGGCGCCGGUGGCGACAGCGACUCGUCGGGCGCCCGCUACUCGACGUCGACGAGCCUGUACGUCUUCACGACGAACGGCACGCCCACGACCUCGUUCUCGUACCACACGACGACGCUGCACCCCCAGGGUCAGCUGAACAGUGACCAGAACGACAACAACAGCUACUGGCACGACCACGGCGCUGUCGGUGGUACGUUUGCUGCUGUCGGUAUUGUGGCGGUCGGUCUGCUUGCCGCCCUCGCCUGGUUCCUCUACCGCCGCCAGAAGGCGAAGAAGAUGGACGCGGACGUUGUCGCUGCCGCGUCGGCCGCUGCGGCGACGACGCGUACGCCGUUUGACGACGACGACGAGGACAUGGCCGAGGCGGAGCACUACCCCCAGUCGCACAGCGAGGCCGCGCCGUACCACUACUCGCCCGAGGCCGCUGCCUCGCAGCAGUACUACGAGUCGCCCGGCUACCACGCGCCGAACCACUAUGCAAGCACCGAGCUGCCGCGUGCGUUCCCUGCGAUGGCCGACGACCCCUACGCGAGCGACAUUGGCUCGCGCCAGAACGCGAUGGAGUACUACUCGAACACGAGCGUCGGCAACGGUGCCUCGGAGCGCGGCGCGUACUCCAACGUUCCCAGCGACUCGCAGUUCUCGUACAACCAGCCGCUGUACGAGUCUGUGCCCGGCGCGCCGCCUGCGGUCGCCGGCGCGGCUGCUGCGUACCAGAACCCCUUCCAGGCGCCGAGCGAGGCGUACUCGGAGCAUUCGAGUGUUCCCCAGCGCGUGCCGACGAUGCAGUCGGCGCACGCCUCCGAGCGCACCUCGACCUCGAAUGACUACGACAUUGCGCCAAGCCAAGUGAGCCAUGCGUCGCAGUACACCGCUGCACCCGAGUUCCACGACUCGGCGCUGGCGUACGCGGCGCCGGCUGCGGCUGCCCCGGCUGCGGCGGCUGCCCCGAUGGCCAUCACGACGGCCGACCAGUCGGCCGACAUUACGCGUGCUGCUGCGCCGAUCUCGCCGACGGGCGGUGCGGCGUACCUCGGUGCGCCGAUCGACAGCGCCGGGCCUCCGUCGUACGUGGCCGGCCCCUCUGCACCGGUCGUCUCGGACGAAAAGACGGCGAGCGGUGUGGGCCGCGCCUCUGAAAAGUCUGGUGCGGGCUUUGUUCCGGAGCCCGCGCAGCUGGUGCAGUUUGGCCACCCCUCGCCCGACGCGCAGGCCGGCCCGAAGCAGCCCUUUAGCGACCACGAGGGCCAGAGCCAGGCGGACCACGGCGACUGGGACCCUCCUGCGCUGUCUAGCGCGUGGUUCCCGAGCGGAACGCACACCCAGCCCUCGGCGCUGUCCGAGGCGCCAGUGGCGCAGUACCCCACGCACGCCGUGCACCGCAUGAGCGAUGUCCCCGAGGCAGAGACCGCUUCGGUGGAGCACGCGCCUGCGCGGCUCACGGUACGCAACCCGUCCCCCGAAGACAAUGAGUAA